GGUGGUCAAUGCUCCGUGCCUCUGUCCAGGUGGACCCAUACACCUGCUCAAAUCACGUGGCAGCAACUCAAUGUAUAAAAGCAUGCAGACAUGGUCAAGAGGUUCAGCUGUUGUUCAGACCAAACAUCAGAAUGGGGAAGAAUUGUGUUUUAAGUGACUUUGACCAUGGAAUAAUUGCUGGUGCCAGAUGGGGGUGAUUUGAGCUCGUGCCAAACCUUUAAUCUACUCCAAGGUCAUCUAACCCUUCCCUCCCACCAUACAAUAUAGGAGCAGAAUUAGGCCAUUUGGCCCUUUGUCUGCUCCGUCCUUUCAUCAUGGUUCAUCCAAUUUUCCUCUCAGCCCCAGUCUCCUGACUUCUCCCUGUAUCCCUUCAUGCCCUGACUAAUGAAGAAUCUAUCAACCUCUGUCUUAAAUAUAAAUCAACACUUGGCCUCCAUAGCUGCCUGUGGUAAUGAAUUCAACAGAUUCACCAUUCUGUGGCUCAAGAAAUUCCUUCUCACUACCAUUCCAAAUGAACAUCCCUCUGUUCUGAGGCUGUGCCCUCUGGUCCUAGACUCCCCUACAUAGGAAACAUCCUCUCCACUUUCAAUCUGUUGAGGUCUUUCAGCAUUCAAUAGUUUUAAUGAGAUCUCUCCUCAUUCUUCUGAAUUCCUGUGAAUCCAGGUCCUCAUACGGUAGCCCUUUCAUUCCUAGAAUUGUUCUUGAGAACCUCCUGAACCAUCUCCAAUGUCAGCACAUCCCCUUUAAGAUAAGGGGCUCAAAACUGCUCACAAUACUCUAAUUACGGCCUCACCGAUGCCUUAUAAAUCCUCAGCAUCACAUUCUUGCUUUUAUAUUCUAGUCCUCUUGUAAUGAACGCUAACAUCACAUUUGCCUUCCUCACCACUGACUCAACUUGCAAAGACUUUUGAAUUUUCUCUCCAUUUAGAAAAUAGUCAAUCCUUUCAUUUCUUCUAUAAAAGUGCAUGACCAUACACUUCCUGACACUAUUUUCCUUCUGCCAGUUCUUUGCCCAUUCUCCUAAUCUGUCCUAAUCUCCUAAUCUGUCUAAAUACUUCUGUAGCCUCUCUACUUCCUCAAAAUUAUAUUCCCUCCACUUAUCUUCGUAAUGUCUGCAAACUUGGCCACAAAGGCAUCAGUUCCAUCAUCCAAAUCACUGACAUAACUUAGAAAGAAUCAGUCCCAACACAGACCCCUGUGUACCACCACUGCUCACCAGCAGCCAGUCAGAAGAGGCUCCAUUUAUCCCCACUCUGUGCCAAUCAGCCUCUGCAGUAUCCAUGAGAAUAUCUUUCCAGUAAUACCAUGGGCUCUUAACUUGUUAAGCAGCCUCAUGUGUGGCAUCUUGUUAAAAGCUUUCUGAAAAUUCAAGUACACAAUAUUCACUGAUUCUCCUUUGUCUAUCCUGAUUGUUAUUUCUUCAUAGAAUUCAAACAGAUUUUCAAGGCAAUAUUUUCUCUUGAAACCAUACUGACUUUGGCCUAUUUUAUCAUUUGCCUCCAAAUACCUGAAGACUCCAGUGUCUUCCCAACUACUGAAGUCAGGCUAACUGGCCUAUAAUUUCCUUUCUGCUGCCUCCUUUUUUUGAAGAAUGGAGUGACAUUUGUAAUUUUCCAGUGCUUUGGAACCAUGCCAGAAUCUGAUUCUUGAAAGAUCAUUACAAUCUCUUUAGCUUCCUUCCUCAACCCCUGGAAUGUCAUCUGGUCCAGGUGACUUUAUCUACCUUCAGACCUUUCAGCUUCUGUCGUGGUUUCUCAUGCCCCACAAACGACCAGGAGACGCAGAAGAUUCUUCAAGAAGGGUUAAACUUUAAUUUGCAAAUCAAAGCUGAGACAGUCAGUGAGCUAGUCGCUGAUUGCCCACCGAUCUUUGAACACAGCAUUUUUUAUAGUAAUCUCCUGGUUUAGUUGCAUUAGCAUAUCCAAUCGGUCUAUAGUUGCGUAUCACAAGUACAUCCGCCACUAUUGUUUCUACCCAUUGACUUAAUCAUGUUCUAAUCUACAUCUCUUAGCUACCUCUCAUUACCACACCAUUGUCUUCUACAUUCUUAAGAUUUCAUUCUCUUACUAAGUUGGAUACAUGCAUAGCAAAUAGCAAGUUCAAAGCUGACUACAUAGUUUUGAUUACACAGCAAACAAUGCAACUUUUAUACUCCAAUAUAUCCCCCCUUUGAGACCCAUAGGGUCUCACACAGAGAAAGACUAAGAGUCUGCGCACAAAAGCCCCAAUAAACUCAAGCACUUAUUCCCAAAUCUCGGGUUAAACUAUAAUUUUCUGCGCCAAGACCUCAAAGUAUUCUCUCCCUGUUACCCUGGCCACUGAGCCAAAAACCUUUCCCUCUACCUGGGACAGGGAAAAAGACUCAGAAGCCCUUACAAUCUACUCCCACACUGUUGUUUUGCUCUUGUUCAUCCUGCAGGUGUUGUAGGCUGUAACAAUACAUUUUCGGUGUUUCGUUCUCCACUAAGCUUGCUUCAGUAAUUGCCACGAGCAUCGGAAAUUGUUUGGUUGCAGCACGCACUACAAGAGAUUUGAGACAAGGAAGAAAACAGCACAGCACAAGCACACAGCUCAACAAUACGAUACUGACAGUUAUUGCCAUUUUAGUCAGCCAUGCUCCCCAUCCUCCGAGUCUACUUUCUAACCCCUCAAAUAACUGAUGUCUGGACCCUGCAUUCUAUGCGCAUACCUCGCACUGUGACAAGACAAAGUCCACUGAAGCCUGUAAAUAAGGUGACCAAAAACCAUCCUUCUUUAUUUUCUUUAUCACUUCCCCCCUUGCACAAUGGUCAAUCCCAUACACUUCUGAAAUCAGAAUCGUCAGUAGAGGGGUGGACGCUACCAACAAACCGUCUUCCAUGCUCCACAAGCCUUCUGGGUUCCGCUUGGCCCCCGUUCGUCUCCACAUUCUCUGUUCUGCCAAAGUUGCCUUACCUUGUAUUUCAAUUAGGUCCUCUACCACAAGUUCUGGAGCUGGGCUUACCUGGGGGGCAAUGACAGCUGUUGUACAUCCAGACGGUUUUCUGGCUGCCUUGUCCGCAGCUUGAUUUCCCUUUGUUAUUACAUCAUUUCCCUUUUUAUGUGCCUGGCAUUUUACUAUAGCCAAUGCUUUAGGUUUCAUUAUGGCUUUUAUUAAGUCUAGAAUUUGCUGACAAUGUUGUAUGGGAUCUCCACUGCUUUUUUUUUAAAAACCUGUCUGUUUCCACACUGCCCCGAACAAAUGGCAUACUCCAUGAGCAUAUGCCGAAUCAGUAUAGAUGUCUACUUUCUUACCUUCCAUCAUUUCACACGCAGCUUUCAGGGCUUUGAUUUCCGCUAGUUGGGCGGAACACGGUUGGGGACAGGACUCCAAUUUAAUAAUCUUAUAGCUUGACUGAUCCUGCUGCACGACUGAGAACCCUGCAUGAUUUCCAUCAUAAUCCCUAUAACAAGAGCCAUCUAUGAACAGAACCUUUUUAUCUGCAUCCUCUAGUGGUUCUGACCGUAAAUCUGCUCUCAAUUUGGCAAAUGCCAUCGUCUUACCUACACAAUCAUGGGGUUCUCCUUCAUAGUCCAAAGGGACAAAAUCGGCUAUAUUACUGGUAGUGCAUCUCUGUAUAGUUAUGUCUGGAAAUGUCAAUAGCAUCUGAUACGCUGCUAUCCUGGCUGGCGUCAGCACAAAUUUCCCUCUUUCCAGCAAUUCUGCUACUUUGCGGUGUGUGUACAGAGUCACAGGAUAGCCCAGGGUUACAGAUGAUGCCUUUUCAUAUGCAUAGUACAGCGCCGCCAAUCCCUGAUAACAGGAUGGAUACCCCUGAGCCACCUCAUCUAGUCUCGUACUGUAGUAUGCUAUCGGCUGCUUUGCUUUUCCUGUGCCUGUCUCUUGUGUUAGAACUGCUGUGACAUAACCCUACUGUCUGUUGGAUACAUACAAAUGAAAAACCUUUCUCGUAGUCAGGCAAAGCUAAUGCUGGUGCUGACUGCAAUUCCUGCUUAAUAGUAUUGAAAGCUAUCUCCGCCUCUUCAUUCCACUGUAAGCCGUUCUUCAAAUUUGUAUGUCUUGCUUCUUUCAUUAUCUUUCUCAAAGGUGCCACAAUCUCAGCAUGUUCUCCUAUCCAAUCUGAGCUGUACCCUGCCAUUCCCAAAAACGUCGUCAUCUGCCCUACAGUCUGGGGUUUUGGGGCCUUAGUUAUUGCCUCAAUCUGAUCUGGUGCUAUCGCCUUCACUCCCUCGGAUAUUACCCUGCCUAAGUAUACCACUUGUUGCUUGCAAAAUUGCAGUUUCUUUUUGGAUACUAUGUCCUCCGUGCGCCAGCUUCUCUAACAGAGUUAUAGUGUCCUGCUCACACUGUUCCUUACUGUGGGAGCAAAUCAACAGGACAUCCACAUACUGUAACAAUGUACUUUCCAAUGGCAUGCCCUCUAAGUCUGCCUUCAACACCUGAUUAAAAACAUGUGGUAAAUGUUUAAACCCUUGCGACCUUCUGGUAUUGUAUACUGAGCACCUCUGUAAGUAAAUGCAAACAGAUACUGACACUGGUCGGCUAGAGGAAUGCUGAAGAAAGCCGAACACAAAUCAAUCACUGAAAAGUAACUUGCUUCUGGUGGAACAUUAGACAAAAGCAUGUGUGGGUUGGGGACUACCGCUGGCCAGUCCUCUACCACGUCAUUUACCACUCGCAAAUCAUGCUCCAAUCUCCACUUAGAUUUAUCUACUUUUAAGACUGGCAGCAACGGGGUAUUGCAUGGACUGUUUGUUCUUUUAAGCACUUGUAUUUCAAGCAACCCCUGCACUGUCGAUGGUAUUUCCUCUUUUGCUUCUGGUCUCAGAGGGUAUUGUGGUCUCCUGGGUGGAAUUGCUCCUUUUUUCAGCCUUAUUUCCACCGGACUAGCUGUUUUUAUUUUCCCUCCGUCCGUGUCAUGCUGUGACCACAGAAUAGACGGCAACUCAUCUAACCUUCUAUCUUUCUGCUGGCCUCUUUCCUUUCCCAGCAAUGGCAGGUGUGGUUGGGGAGUUAUUUCGACCUCUCUCACUGUCCCUACCAUAUCUACACUUACCAUUAUUUUAAUACAAUUGUUGUUUUUCCAUUUUUCCCAGGUUUCCUGAAUCUGAUCUGCGAUGUCUCCUAUCCAAAAGACAUUAGCCUUCUUGUCUUCUCGCACUAUCAAUUGAGCCCCUGCUCUUUCCACACUCAGCCCAUUUCUGGUGCAUUCUAAUUUUAAUUCCAAUUUCAAUAAGGCAUCUCUGCCGAACAAAUUAAUCGGAGUUCCUUUAAAUACUAGCACCGGCAAAACAAUUCCUUUAUUUCCCAUUCUCAACUGCACUGGAGCCGUGCACUAUGUCAACUGUGUUUUCCCUGAGAACCCUACCGUCUUAAUAAACUUUCCUAACAUGGGAAGGUGAAGGGCAUACUGUGGCUGUACACAAGUGUACGUGGCUCCAGUAUCUAUCAUCAUUGGUGUCAGUUGCCCUUCUAACAUAACCUGAACAACGGGUUCCUCGUCUGCUUCCCUUGUUAUCAUUGGGUAAUGUCCCUUCCCACUUGAGUUCUCUGGGCACCCCUAAUACCUCGCAUAGGGGUUCGCAGGUCCGCUUGGGCCUGUGGGGGCUGGUCCUUGGCUAAACUUUAGUUCCCUUAUCGGUUCCUGCUGGUGUGUGACAGGCCAUGGUGUAAACGGAGAAUCUCUUCUCAUGUGACCUGGCUGAUUACAUCCCCAGCACAACCUCUCUACCUCUCUUUCCCCCUGUUUCCUCACUGGUCCCUUCUGCCUAUAGCUCCUCUGUCCCCCUCCUUGGGACUUCCAGUCCUGUCUGGGCUGUUUGAAUUUAUUUAGUCUGUUCCUGAAAGGGCAUUUGUGGGAAUGCUCCUCCAAAGACGCUGAUUAUUGGCAUGGGGUUUUCCGGCCCUUGUCUUACAGUAUGAUCGAUUCCUCCAUAUAGCGGUGCUUCAUCCAGUUCGAUGGCUGUACUCGGACCGGUGGUUGCUGGCAGCAUCUUUUUGCUUUUCUCUUUUUGAGUUCUUUGAGCUGCAUUUGUAUUAACUUUUUUUGCACCUCUUCCUUCUGCUCAGCCAACCUUCAUUUGUCUUUCCGGUAUUUCUCAACGCCAUGGACUACGUGGUCUCUAAAUUCUUGUGGGGUCAUUGACGUCAGCCCAACCACUUCCUCCAGUUUGGAUUUUACUUGCGGAGGCAUUGCAUCCAAAAUGCUAUGUCGGAACAGUGAGGUCAUAAAUAAGCUAUUUUCCACCUCUUGCUCAGUCUCCAGUCUCUACCUUUUCAACUGGUUUUCUAUGUAGGCUGCUGGGUUUACAGUGUCUCCCAGUGGAUCCCCCUUUAAGGCUUUGGGGUCCACUUUGGGUGGAUAAAGCUCCCUGAGAGCCUGCCAUACCCUCUGCCUCACUCUGUCAAACCCGUCUCCGUUAGUUCCUGGGUCGAUCGAGUUUACUAUGCCAGCCAUUUCCAUUAGUUCGUUAAAUUUGGAGGUUCCCAUCAACCUUAUCAAUAGUACCUUCAAAUCUCCCAUAGCCAAUAAUUGUCCCACUGGUUCUUCUUCAAAGACUCUAAUCCAUUUUCCUGCUCCUUCAUGUAGAUUGGGCAGAGUGUUUUUCAGCCCUUCUAGGUCCUGGGAUCCCCAAGGGAUAUACUGCACUUGUCCUGAUCCUUUUACUAACAACGGCAUCAUUCUUCUUCCUUCUUCCCACCUGCCCUGGCUCUCCUCCUCGCCUUACUCCCCAUCUGUCUCAGGGUAUGUCUUUACUGCCUCCCACACAAAUUUCUCCGGGGUCCUCUUCUUCACUCGGUCUCCCUGUGGAGUCCUUCCUUUCUGUCCUAAUUCAAUACUUGUUUGGCCCCUGGAGUAUUUUUCACAUCUCCUCUGGCAAUCCCCUCUCAGUAAUUUAUCUAGCUCUCUCUCUACUUCUGCAAGUCACUUCCCUACCGCCCCCUUCUGCUCUUCUAGGCUUCUGCCUCCUACUUUUUCCCCACAAAUUCUCACAUCCUCUCUCUCUCCCCACUUAACUCUUGCCCCUCCAAUGAGUCACCUUCUCUUUCUUCCUGUCCAUGUCUUUACUCCUGUGGCAGGGACUCCUCAUGAUCCUUACACAUGCUUGAUUCCCUUCUCUCUUGUGUUUCUCCAAGACUCUCAUCUCCUAUCUUUUUUCCACUUCCUCUUGAAUGCCUCAUCUCUUCCUGCCCUGAUGAGCCACUUUCUUUUCUAGUCUGUUUAUUUCUAUGGUAUAACCCGGGGGUCGGCAACCUGCGGCUCCCGAGCCAUUUGUGGCUCUUUCACCUCUGUGCUGCGGCUCCCUGUGGCUUUGGGAAAUAAUUGGUCAGUAUUUAAUUAAAAUGUAUUUUAUGUUAGUUUGUUAGCUUUUGAAAUGUAAUUCUAAAUUUGAAGAUUAUGGUGAUCUUGUACAAUCUAAGUGUGGCGACACAUUUCCUGGCACAUCCGAAACGGCUCACAAUUAGCCAGCAUUCCGGCUAAGGGAGAUAGCCUACGGGGGUUUGUGAGUACGCGUCUUUUGCAGCAUCUGCGUCCAUGGGGGCUGGGUUGAGGGAGGCUUAAAAGCAAGGCUGUUUAGUUCGAAUAAAGCUAUCUUUGACUGCAGUUUACUGACACCGCUACAACGUGUUUUUAUCGCUGGCUGUCCAGACGGAAGGUGCUGAAACGCUUUGUCGCGUGUCUGGAAGAAGUGAAAACUUUCCUGGGCAGCAAAGGGCUCAACUUUCCUGAGCUGGAACAGCCAGAGUGGCUGGAAAAGCUACACUUCAUGGUAGACAUGACAGCGCACCUGAACACGCUGAACACAGCUCUUCAGGGGUAAGGACUUACAGCCCUGCACAUGUUGGAGGAUGUUUUGGCAUUCGAACGCAAGUUGACAGUGCUUGCCAGAGAUUUACAGAAAGGCACAUUGUCUCACUUCCCCAAUUUGAGAGAGUUCAAACAAGGUCACGACAUGAUAAUUUCGGAGUAUUUACAUUCUGCAAUCAUCGCAAUGCAAACAUCGUUUGGGAAACGCUUCUGUGAGUUCAGAGAGAAAAAAAACACAUUAUCCUUCCCGGUCACUCCCUUAAGCAUCGAUCCUUCCCUACUGAAUACGACUGCAUUGGCAGGUGUGAGUCAACCUGAUCUUGAGAUGGAACUGGCCGACAUAGCCGACAAAGACAUAUGGGUGUCCAAGUUUAGACGCUUGACAGCAGACCUUGAAGAUGUUGCCCGUCAGAAGGCCGUUCUUGCUCAGAAACACAAAUGGAGUGAUAUUGAAAACCUUCCAAAACCGGACAAACUUGUGUUCGAAACAUGGAAUGCUAUGCCCGACAUUUAUGUAAACAUUAAAAAGUAUGCGCUUUGAGUCCUGUCGAUCUUUGGAUCCACAUAUGUAAGUGAGCAGGUGUUCUCCAACAUGAACUUUAUUAAAAACAAACAUCGCGCACGCCUCACAGAUGACAGCUUGCGAUCCUGUGUAAAGAUGAAGGUGACGUCAUACAGCCCUGAUGUGCAGACGCUGUGCGCUGAGGUCCAGGAGCAGAAAUCCCAUUAACCAAGAUGACAGCUGGCUGACGUUAUUUUUGGUUUGCUGCUGGCGGGAAAUUUAAGUUCGGCAUUUUUCAUAAAUACAAGAAGGACUCAAAUAGACAUUGAGUAUUUUACUUAAAAGUAACCUUCAACCCAUCGUCUUUUUUUCGGAGUUCAAAAUGUUUUUGUUGCAUGCAGAAAUGUAAUUUUGUUUUCUCUGCAGGAGUUCAUCAAUUUCAUAAAUGCAACACAUUAUAGUUUGUUUAUACAUAGCAUAAAGGCAAAAAAAACGUUGUAUGCAGUGUUAUUUCAUUUUAAAUGUCAAACGGGUUUUGCGGCUCCCAGUGUUUUCUUUUCUGUGGGAAACGGGUCCAAUUGGCUCUUUCAGUGGUAAAGGUUGCUGACCCCUGGUAUAACCGAUACUCCUCAUACUCCUUUUCCUCUCUCAAGUAUUUCAUCCGUUCAAUCUCUUCUUUCAUUUCUCUCUUUGCCUGUUCCACCUUUAUCCUUUCUGCCUGUAUCUCCUUCCAUAUUGCUGCUUUUUCCUUCUCGUAUUGUCUUUUUUCCUCUUCAUUAUCCCAAAUUUGUACUUCUCCCUGCAUGUUUGCUGUUCCCGUCAGCAGGGGGCACUGCUUAGGGGUUCCUUCCUCAUUAUAGGGAGGGGGCUUUUCUGUUUCUGUCGCAUCCGGGUACGGAGCUGAAGCCAGCUUCUCGCUGUACCCUCCUCUCUCUCUGACAGGCUGUUUCUCCAGCACCUUAGUGUCUUCCUCGUUUGUAAUCAAUAUUCUACCUGUCCUCCUCAGCCUUUCUCCCUCUGUUCUGAAGAGUUUCAGCACUUCCAUUUCUCGUUCUCUUUUUUGCCCUCUUUUCUUAGAUUUAUCUUUUGGUUUGUAAUUUUUAAUUAGUGCCUCCAUUUCUUCGCACAAGCUUACAUCAAACAUUCCUUCGCUAGGCCAUUUUGUGACCAGGUUUUUGGUUCUCUUUUCCCAUUUUUCUGAAGUUUUUGUGAUGAUAUAUUUAUUUACCGGGAUUUUUUUGUUCAGAAUCUCUACUGUUGUUCCUUUACCUGUCAUGUUGUUCUCUCUUUUUAAGGUAUUUCAGAGAUUCACAGUUCGUUUACUGGAUAAUAUUAUUUACUCUAAUUCUAUGCCUAGUCUAUCAUCUAUCUACCAGCGCUUUAAACUAUAUAUUGGACUUCCCUUGUUUCCUAUUCUGUUCUGCCUGUACAGACCUCUACUCAGAGCGGUAUCCACAGAACUUUCUCUUUGCACCUCGUCUAUUCAGACCCUUAUCUCUUAAGGCGUUAUCCAUGAGGAUUUUCUCUAUUUUCCUUUCCCUGCCCGUUUAGACCUUCGUUUCAUACGAAGCGGUAUCCACAGGGACUUACCAACACCACGUGGAAUUUUUCUUCACUUAACUUCUUAUUAGCUUAUCUGUACUUAACCUCACUGCAGUGUUCUUGAUCAAUCCUCUGAGCCUCUGUUAACCCUAAAUUCUGCCAGAUUCUUUGGACCGGAGAGACCCUUCGGCAGUGGUUCCACACAUCUGAGACUCCAAGACCUCCCCAAAACCAACAGAAUUCUUAGUCCAAAUUGUUGCCAAAAGCGCUUACUUUUUGUUUGGGUGCACCCUUAAUUCUGUUGGCCUUGUGGGGAUCGCUAGAGGACUGGGAAGCGUCCCCAAUCUGCUGUUUCCUUUCCGCGGGUCUCUUUCCGGUCCUGCCGUGGUCGGCUAUUUUGUCGUGGUUUCUCGUGCCCCACAAAUGACCAGGAGACGCAGAAGAUUCUUCAAGAAGGGUUAAACUUUAAUUUGGAAAUCAAAGCUGAGAGUCAGUGAGCUAGUCGCUGAUUGCCCACCGAUCUUUGAACACAGCAUUUUUUAUAGCAAUCUCCUGGUUUAGUUGCAUUAGCAUAUCCAAUCGGUCUAUAGUUGCGUAUCACAAGUACAUCCGCCACUAUUGUUUCUACCCAUUGACUUAAUCAUGUUCUAAUCUACAUCUCUUAGCUACCUCUCAUUACCACACCAUUGUCUUCUACAUUCUUAAGAUUUCAUUCUCCUACUAAAUUGGAUACAUGCAUAGCAAGUAGCAAGUUCAAAGCUGACUACAUAGUUUUGAUUACACAGCAAACAAUGCAACUUUUAUACUCCAAUACUUCCCAUACACCUCCCUAGUAAUAGCAACUUCACAUGUUCCUGCCCCCAACACUCUCAAACUUCCAGCAUACUGCUAGUGUCUUCCACAGUGAACACUAAUGCAAAAUACUUAUUCAGUUCAUCUGCUAUUUCCUUGUGGCCCAUCACUAGCUCUCCAGCAUCAUUUUCCAGUGGUCUGAUAGCUACUAUUGUCUCUCUUUUACACUUUAUAAACCUUAGGAAACAUUGGACUUUGAAUAUAAUUAGCUAGCUUACCGUAUUCCAUCUUUUCCUUCUUUAUGACUUUAGUUGCCUUCUGUUGGUUUUUAAAAGUUUCCCAAUUCUCUAACUUCCCAUUAAUUUUUGCUCCAUUAUAUGCCCUCUCUUUGCUUUUAUGUUGUCUUUGACUUCCCUUGUCAGCCAUGAUGGUCAUCCUGCCUUUAGAAAACAACUUCUUUGGGAUGUAUCAAUCCUGCACCUUCCAAAUUCUGCCCAUUGUUGUUCUGCUAUCAUCCCUACUAGUGCCCUCUAUUAAUUAACUGGCAAGCUCCCCUCUCAUGCCUCAGUGAUUCCCUUUACUCCACUGUAAUACUGAUACAUCUGACUUAUGCUUCUCCUCCUCAAAUUGCAGAGUGAUUUGUAUCUCUCCUAAGGGUUCCUUUACCUUAAGCUCUCUAAUCAAAUCUGUUUCUUUGCACAACACCCAUUCCAGAAUAACUGAUCCCCUAAUGGGCUCAACCAUGCUCUAAAAAGACAUCAUAUAAGCAUUCUAUAAAUUCACCCUUUAGAAUCCAGCACCAACCUGAUUGCUUUUCCCCCCAUCUACCUGCAUCUUGAAAUCCCCCAUGAUUAUCAUAACAUUCCCCUUUUGACAUGCACUUUCUAUUUCCCAGUGUAAUGUGUACUUGGCUACUCUGCGGAGGCUUGUACAGUAUAUAAUUCCCAUUAAGGUCUUACUACUCUGGCAGUUUCUUAACUCUACCCACAAGAAUCCUACACCUUCUGACCCUUUGUCAUCUCUUUCUAAUGAUCUGAUUUUAUUUUUUACCAACAGCCAACUCGACCAUUAUUUCUUUUGUUUUGUAUUUGCACAGUUUGUUGUCCUUUGCACACAGAUUGAACGCCAAGUUGGCGCAGUCUGCCUUUGAUUCUGUGAAGGUCAUUAUUCAAUUGAUUCAUUGAGCAUGCCCGCAAGAAAAUGAAUCUCAGGGUUGUAUAUGGUGACAUAUGUAGUGUGUACUUUGAUAAUAAAUUUACUCUGAACUUUGAAAUUCCUCCUCCCUGCAGCCAUCCAUAAGUCUUCCCUGCCUUCUCUGUGUGGGUGACGGGUCAGUAGCCAUUGUACCAGGCUUGGUUGGUGCAUGCAGUAACGAGCUAUAUCUGUAUGCUGACGACUCCACACUUUUUGCACCAGUUAGAGCAGGAGACUUUGUGGCAGCAGGAUAAUAGCAGAUAAUAACAGGAUAACCAGUGUCAGCAGGCCUGACAAGGUGAAAGGCUGGGCAGACGACUGGAAUGCCACCUUUGAGCCUACUCAGUGCAAGGCGACUGUGAUGUCUAGGAAGAGGAAUCCAUCUACCCCGAUCUGCAUUUUGGGAACCGCAAGCUACAUGUAAAGAAGGAGCUAGUAAUCCUUGGUGUUAAUAUUGACAGUGAGUCGGUGUGGGAUAAAACACCUUCCCACUAUUUCAAACAAGGCUGGACCAAGGCUUGGAGCUCUGUGGAAAGUAGCAUCCAAACUAGACAGAGGGCAGAGCCACGGUUUACAAAGCCCAGGUACAAAGUAUCAUGGAGUAUGCCUGCUUAUCAUGGAUGAAUGCCUCAGAGUGUCCUUAACCAGCUUGAUUCCAUUCACAGAAAGGCUCUCAGGAUUACAGGUUAGAUGAAGCCACAGCUCAUGAGAAGCUAGCCAUCAGUAGCUUACAUCACAGAGUCCAACCAGCCACAGCCCUGCAGACCUUCACGCCAUGCUGCCUUCAUCUUAUGAGAGACGGCGCACCACAUGAUCAAGUUUAUCUAUGCCUGCUCAUCACCGUUUCUAUGCCUGAUGCGAGAACCUACACACUGGACAGAAGCUUCCUUCACUGUGCUAUCAGAAUUUGGAACAGUCUUCCAGAAGCUGUGGUUGGAAACAUCUGCGACGAUGGGGGCCAAGCCUUCAGGAGUCGAGUGCACAAUUCUGGGAGGGAGUCACAUUCUUCUUCAUAAGCUAUCACGAUGGGGACCAGGAUGGCAAUGCUUGGUUGUUGGCAGGUAGGAUUAAUACCUGAUUUUCAAAGCACUUGUGAGUUAUGUUCCGGCUAGACUUAGUCCUUAAACUGCUGGAGAACAGUGAGGAAAGAUCAGGUGCUGUUUUCUCCCGGUAGGGAUUAGUUUUUAGUUCCAGGUGCUCUUGCCAUGUUUUGUCACCCUGCAACCUUAUCCUUCAAUCUCUCUGAACUAUGGAGGACAGCAUGUGUAUAAAUGUGUCUCUCCAGCAGACAUCAUCAUCAUCAUCAUGACUCCAGUGUUUCUACUAUUUUUUAAUGUUUCUUAAUUGUAUAUAAUGAUCUUUUUAUGUUCUAUCACUGAGCAGCAGUGAACCAUCUAGAAACAUAGAGAACCUACAGCACAAUACAGGCCCUUCAACCCACAAAGUUGUGCUGAACAUGUCCCUACCUUAGAAAUUACUAGGCUUACCCAUAGCCCUCUAUUUUUCUAAGCUCAAAGCCUCUUAAAAGACCCUAUCAUAUCCGCCUCCACCACCAUUGCUGGCAGCCAAUUCCACGCACUCACCACUCUCUGAGUAAAAUACUUACCCCUGACAUCUCCUCUGUACCUACACCCCAGCACCUUAAACCCGUGUCCUCUUGUGGCAACCGUUUCAGCCCUGGGAAAAAGCCUCUGACUAUCCACACGAUCAAUGCCUCUAACGUUAUCUCGCUCUCUGAACCUUUUGUAAGCUUCUCUUUUCUUCUAGACUAGAUUUAUUACAGCCUUUGUACACCACGGUUCCUGUACCCUACCAUAACUUCCCUGUCUCAUUCUCAUAUAGGUUCUGUACCUAUACAGAACUCUACACAGAUAUCCCCUGAAUAUUUGCCACAUUUCUUCUGUACUUUUCCCUGAGAACAUCUGUUUCCAAUUUAAGCUUCCAAUUUCCUGCCUAAGAGCCUUAUAAUUCCCCUUACUCCAAUUAAAUGCUUUUCUAACUUGUCUGUUCCUAUCUCUCUCCAAUGCUAUUGUAAAGGAGAUAGAAUUAUGAUCACUAUCUCCAAAAUGCUCUCCCACUGAGAGAUCUGACACCUGACCAGGUUCAUUUCCCAAUACCAAAUCAAGUACAGCUUCUCCUCUUGUAGGCUUAUCUACAUAUUGUGUCAAGAAACCUUCCUGGGCACACCUAACAAACUCCAACCCAUCUAAACCCCUUGCUCUAGGGAGAUGCCAAUCGAUAUUUGGGAAAUUAAAAUCUCCCACCAUGACAAUUCUUAUUAUUUCACCUUUCCAGAAUCUGUUUCCCUAUCUGCUCCUCGAUGUCCCUGUUACUAUUAGGCACCCUAUAAAAAAACACUCAGUAAAGUUAUUGACCCCUUCCUGUUCCUAACCUCCACCCACAGAGACUCCGUAGACAAUCCCUCCAUGGCGUCCACCUUUUCUGCAGCCAUGACACUAUCUCUGCUCAACAGUGCCACGCCCCCAUCUCUUUUGCCUCCCUCCCUGUCCUUUGGGAAACAUCUAAAACCCGGCACUUGAAGUAACCAUUCCUGUCCCUGAACCAUCCAAGUCUCUGUAAUGGGCACCACAUCAUAUCUCCAAGUAUUGAUCUGUGCUUUAAGCCUAUCUGCUUUAUUCACAACACUCCUUGUGUUAAAAUAGACACAUCUCAAAUCCCUUCUCUAUCACCUGCCUAUCCUCCCUCUCACACUGUCUACAAGCUUUCUCUAUUUCUGUGCCAAACUCCUCUUCAGUUCAGUUCCACCCUCGAACAAUUCUAGUUUAAACUCUCCCCAGUAGCCUUAGCAAACCUCCCCACCAGGAUAUUGGUCUCCCUGGGAUUCAAGUGCAACCUGUCCUUUUUGUACAGGUCACUUCUGCUCCAAAAGAGGUCCCAAUGAUCCAGAAAUCUGAAUCCCUGAUUGGCCUAUCAGAGUUCUCUUUGGGAACUAGUUGACUUGAUCAGUAUUCCUGAUCUUGCACUUAAUAGAAAAAACAUUUGGCAGUGUUGACACUCCUCUUGUGAGCUGGUUCGAUUAAGCUGUAGCUGUGAGAAUGUUAAUGAUUACUCACUACAGUCUUCAGCUACCGGCUGCUGGAUCCUGAAGGUUUCACAAUCCAAAGGCUCCUUGGAAGUCGAGAAUGAGGCAUCAAGCUUAUUGUUUGUGGUUGUUUAUUAAGCACUGAAAUUCUGGUUUAAUUGCCAUUCAACCAUACAGGAAUACAGCUAAACGAAAUGUUACUGUGGGGCCAAGGUGUAACACACAGUACCACACAUGACACUAGGUACAUAUAUUGCAUAAUUGUAGGCUGUAUCUUGGGUAAUGAUGAGUGUGAGUACAGAGUGGAAAAUAAGAACCUGGUGGCAUGACAAUAACCUAUCCCUCAAUGUCAGCAAGACGAAGGAUGUUGACUUCAGAAGGAGUCAACAUCGGUGGUGCGCAGGUGGAACAGGUCAAAAGCUUUAAGUUCCUUGGGGUGAAUAUCACAAAUGACUUGACUUGGUCUAACCAAGCAGAGUCCACUGCCAAGAAGGCCCACCAGCGCCUUUACUUCCUGAGAAAAGUGAAGAAAUUUGGCCUGUCCCCUAAAACCCUCACUAAUUUUUUUAUAGGUGCACCGUAGAAAGCAUUAUUCUAGGGUGCAUCACAACCUGGUAUGGAAGUUGUCCUGUCCAAGACCAGAAGAAGCUGCAGAAAAUCGUGAACAUAGCCCAGCACAUCACACAAACCAAUCUUCCAUCCUUGGACUCACUUUACACCGCAUGCUGUGCUGCCAGGAUAAUCAAGGACACAACCCACCCAACCAACACACUUUUUGUCCCGCUUCCCUCCGGGAGAAGGUUCAGGAGCUUGAAGAUUCAUACGGCCAGAUUUGGGAACAGCUUCUUUUCAACUGUGAUAAGACUGCUGAACUGAUCCUGACCCGGAUCUGGGCCGUACCUUCCAAAUAUCCAGACCUGACUUGCACUACCGUACUUUCCCUUUUCUAUUUUCUGAUUAUGACUUAUAAUUUAAAUUUUUAUUAUAUUUACUUCGAUUUGUACUUCAGGGAGCACAAAGCACAGAAACAAAUAUCACUGUGAUGAUUGUAUACUCUAGUAUCAAUUGUUUGGUGACAAUAAAGUAUCAAUAAAAUACCAUCACACAAAACGUUUAGUCCAAGACUGAGUUCAUGAAUGUUUCAGGAGUGUGUAGUUGAAUGCAAUGCAGCUUGUCUUCUGGCAAGUGAACACUAGGGGCAGCAGCGACCCACAGUGCCAGCCGCACUGACUCCGAUGCCCCUCUCCUGGGCAGCUGUACACGGGUGACUCUGUGGCCUGAAACCUGACCGAGGCCCCUCCUGCCGUCCGCCAAUAAAUCAGUGAAUGGGACUUGCAGCAUUCCACAUUAACAAGGUCUGGCGAUCACAAGUAGAGUUACUAAGAUGAGACUCGCUGUUAGACUGCACUCCAGCACCAGCCAGCUCCCUCACUUUCUCCACCAAUCAGCAACUCACUAAUGGGGCAGACCUGCAGUACCAUGCAGCAGGGUCUUGUGAUGAUAAAAAGUACAUUUAAAAUGGACAGUAACACCUUUGGUUGUCUCUGGGAUCAAACACGCCACCAUCUUACUGGAAGCAUUACAACGGCGAAGGCGGAGAGGAAAGAAAAAGCAUCCGGAGACAAAGAAAUGAAAAAGACCAAAAGUAGUUGUGGUCCUGAGAAGGGUCUCGGACCAAAACAUCGAUUAUUUAUUGAUCUCCGUAGAUGCUGCCUGAUCUGCUGAGUUCCUCCAGCAUUUUAUCUGUUACUGCGACCUUCUAAUGGACUGGAGAUAACAGAAAUUCCAUUCAUCAGUUAACCAUUGGGUAGCUGGUUUCUGAUAAUAUGGGCCAAGGUUGAGGCAUGUUCAGCUGAGUGGAAGAACAGCAGAUUUGAGGCCCAUUGUCUAAAUGGAGAGUGAAGUUUGAUUGAUCUAAGCACCAGGCCGAAUUGGAAGGACCAGGUUCAGGCCAAAACAUGGUGCAGGGCCCAAGACCAGAGAUUCGAUGCAGCAGGGUCUGGGUCUUGGUGUGUUGCCUGGCCAGACGGAUUGAAAAGUUGGGCUAUCAGAACAAGAGGUGAGGGUCGGGCUGGUUCUGCUUGCUCUCACUGACGUACACUCGGCUCUGCGCUGAACUGUGGUCAUGGCUGUGGUCUACUCUAGACUCUGUGACGUACACUCGGCUCUGCGCUGAACUGUGGUCUGCUCCAGGCUCUGUGAUAUACACUCGGCUCUGCGCUGAACUGUGGUCAUGGCUGUGGUCUACUCUAGACUCUGUGAUGUACACUCGGCUCUGCGCUGAACUGUGGUCAUGGCUGUGGUCUGCUCUAGACUCUGUGAUGUACACUCGGCUCUGCGCUGAACUGUGGUCAUGGCUGUGGUCUGCUCUAGACUCUGUGAUGUACACUCGGCUCUGCGCUGAACUGUGGUCAUGGCUGUGGUCUGCUCUAGACUCUGUGAUGUACACUCGGCUCUGCGCUGAACUGUGGUCAUGGCUGUGGUCUGCUCUAGACUCUGUGAUGUACACUCGGCUCUGCGCUGAACUGUGGUCAUGGCUGUGGUCUGCUCUAGACUCUGUGAUGUACACUCGGCUCUGCGCUGAACUGUGGUCAUGGCUGUGGUCUGCUCUAGACUCUGUGAUGUACACUCGGCUCUGCGCUGAACUGUGGUCAUGGCUGUGGUCUGCUCUAGACUCUGUGAUGUACACUCGGCUCUGCGCUGAACUGUGGUCAUGGCUGUGGUCUGCUCUAGACUCUGUGAUGUACACUCGGCUCUGCGCUGAACUGUGGUCUGCUCCAGGCUCUGUGAUGUACACUCGGCUCUGCACUGAACUGUGGUCAUGGCUGUGGUCUGCACUAGACUCUGUGAUGUACACCCGGCUCUGCACUGAACUGUGGUCAUGGCUGUGGUCUGCUCUAGACUCUGUGAUGUACACUCGGCUCUGCACUGAACUGUGGUCAUGGCUGUGGUCUGCUGUAGACUCUGUGACGUACACUCGGUUCUGCGCUGAACUGUGGUCUGCUCCAGGCUCUGUGAUGUACACUCGGCUCUGCACUGAACUGUGGUCAUGGCUGUGGUCUACUCUAGACUCUGUGACGUACACUCGGCUCUGCGCUGAACUGUGGUCAUGGCUGUGGUCUGCUCUAGACUCUGUGACGUACACUCGGCUCUGCGCUGAACUGUUGUCAUGGCUGUGGUCUGCUCUAGGCCCUGUGACGUACACUCGGCCCUGUGACGUACACUCGGCUCUGCGCUGAACUGUGGCCUGCUCUGUGAAUGGCCUCACUUUUGUUCUGAAUGCUAUUUUCUUACUCUUAUUGUUUGCACAAUUUGGUUUUUUUUCUCUGCUCUUUGGGUGUUUGACAGUCUAUUUAACGUGUUCUCUUGGGUUUUUGUGUUUUGUGGCUGCCCGUAAGGAGAUGAAUCUCAAGGUUGUAUUUAGUAUUCAUACUUUGAAACCACUGAAAAACCCACAGAACAAUCCCAUGUAUCUUCAACUUUGGUUUAUUGUCAGUCAAACUGUGCGCGUAUACUGCCAAACGUUUCUCCAGACAUGCACGCACACUACCAGAAAUAAAUUAAUAAAUAGUAAGGAGCAUUUACAACACAAGUUUAAAAAGUAAACAGUAUGACACUACUGGUGCUUCGUGCUCGAUGAGACCUGGGUGGGGUGGUGCAGUGAGUUCUCGGCCUGGGAGAAGAAGCUGCUUCCCAUUCUAACAUUCCCUUGUCCCUCUCGGCCUGGAUUCGAAAUCACUUCCCAUUCCCUUGUCCUAAUACUGCAGUACCUCCUGCUGACAGUGGUCGGGUGGGGUGGUCAAAGACAUUAUGGGACUCAUGGGAGGGAUCAUCUACAAUGCUUGUAAAUUGAUAUGCAACGCUCCUGAUAAAUAUCUCUGCUGGGUGGAGAGAGUGUGGAAGGUAAUCCUCUUGGGUGAUAUGGAUGAUUAUAUAAAGAUACAAACAAGCAUUAGAAAGUUAAACUAUGGGAAAGCUAACAAUUUAAUACGGCAAUCCAACAGGGAUUACCCAUGAGUACACUGGCUGUGUUGGGCACUAAUGACAUGGUCGCCCUCUCCUUGUCUGUUCUG